CAUGCUUAUAUUUCUCCUGAGAGAAAUGUAAGUGGCUUAGAAAAUAUUCUCGCAAGGAAAAUCUUAGUCACAGCAUCAGGAACAGGAAGAACAUGGCAUCUUUACGGUGGUAGAGAUAGAUAUUCAGGUAGCAUUGUGUACCCCCAUCCUUGGUCUUCCUUAGCGCCAGCCCUUGGUAGGAAGGAAAGCCCAUCAGUGAUCUCUAAGGCAAGGAAGGGGCAGCUGGCUCUCUGCCCAUGAUGGAGGCCAAUCUUUCCUUACCAGCUAUUGGCAGUUGCCGGGCAACAGCUCCUGCUAAGGACCUCUGAGGCAAGGGAGUGGGAUUCAGGACCAGAGGCAGCAUGAGAGAUCAACAGCGGGGCUGGGCUAUUGCCUUCCUGUUUGUUGGUUUUCCUGAGGCAUGUGAUUGGCUGCUGUAGGGAGGACCACAGUGGUAGAGUAUCUCCUUUGCAUGCAGAAGGUCUCAGCUUCAGUCCUGGCAUUUCCCACCCAAAAUAGCCACUGCCAAGCAGCAUGGGCCAUACUGAGCCAGGUGAACCAAUGGGCUGACUCGAUAUACAGUAGCUUCCUGUGUUGCUGGACCAGACAACCCUUUGGUUUGAUCCAGCAGGGCUCUUCUCGUGUUCUUAAAUCACAUGGAUCAACACCGCAGCUGGUUGCCAAGUCCAUCAAAUGCAAAAAGGAAAGAUGAGCUGAGUGAUAGGAGGGAUUGCAUGGGCAGUCGCAUUAACAGUUUUAGAACAGGGCUGUUGGUGCAUUAAUCGCCGCCAGUUUCCUGAGACUCUCCUUGACUUCCCUGUCCUGUCUUGCCUGGACUGCUUCCCAGUAUUGACGAUUUCACAACUGCUCCCAGCCAAUCAUUCCAUUGUCUCACCAGCGUCAUUGACAGGAACGACUCAGCAGUACGUCACCGACAUUCUUUGCAGGGUGAACCUGGUCACCAUCAUCAUCUCAAUUCAUGGACUUUCCCCUCUUGUCUCAGACAAGUAGAGCAUAUCACCGUUUAUCUGCCCACAUGUCAAAUCAGUUCUCUUCACCUUCCAGACUCUCUCUGCCUUGCAGGAUUGCCAGAAUGAACUCUGGCGAGGGUGUUUCAGGACAUGUGUGUUCAAAUCUUUGCCCUCCUUUCAGUGGAUUGAUUCAGACAAAUUAUUUUAAGAUAAUACACAUCUCCGCCUAGCAACCUCCAGUGCAUAACUUCCACAGAAGCAAGGGAUAAUAACCCUGUUGACCCUGAGCAAUGAUCAAAGACACGUUUCGCCCUAAUUCAAAGUCCUAACAAAUGCACCACAACAACCUGUGUUAGUCUGUUGCAUCGUAAAGCCUAUAACUCUCCAGAUGUUUUUGGACACAGACACUUUAGCCCCAGCCAACAUCUGGGAUGAUGGGGGUUGUAGUUCAAUGGCAUCUUGAUAUCAUGGGCUGGCUGGAUGCAGAGGAAUGGUGGGAGGCAGCAGCUGGGGAACCCCCAGGGGAAGAAGGCUCAGAGCCAGGGGAUUGGUGGUGGGACGGUGAUGAGUGGUCAGAGGGAGCAGACUGGGAGGAGGUGGUUUUGGAAGCUGAAGAGGCAACAGUGUUUAGUGAGCAGGAAGAGGCUGGGGAAGAGAGCAGUCCAGUCUCAGAGGCAGGGGAGGAGGGGAGCCAGGAAAACAGAGAUGAGAUAGGCUGCUGAAGAAUCCAGGGAAUUUCCCCCUCCUGCUGCAACCAGCUCCUCUCCUACCCAGGUCUCCUAGAAUACAGAGAAAAAUGUAGAGGGCAGAGGAAAAAGAGACAAGACUAUGGAGCCUUAGGCUACUGGGGGAGGAACUGGGGAAUGAUGAUGAUGAUGAUGAUGAUGAUGAUGAUGAUGUUCUAUUUAUACCACGCCCAUCUGGCUGGGUUGCCCCAGCCACUCUGGGCGACUUCCAACACACACACAAAUAAUAAUAAUAAAACAUUAAUAGUAACAAUCAGAUCCGAUAUAAAAAGUCACAAUAACUUUAAAAUAAACCAUAGAAGCCAUAGAGAGUGGUGGGAAAGCAAGGACCUUCGGUCCUCACAAUGCCUCAUUGAGGCAAGACCUACUGGGAAGGGUUGCUGUGAACACUAGGCCUGCACUGUUUUGGUUUCUUUGACUAAAAAGUUAACUUCUCUGACACUGGGUAUUUUAUUACAGACCUACUCCUGCACUCUGGCUUCUGACACUUGAGAACCACAGGCUCACCACCCCUGCCUUAAAGGACGUCUGAAAGUUUCAAACAUCCAGUUCUGCUAUAGGCCCCAAUAUUCACAUUCUGGCCUUAGGAAAUGACAUUUUGCAGAGGUUCCUGGCUGGAUGAAUGUAUUCUGCUGCAAAAUUCCCACCUCACCCCAGAUUUUUCACUGAAGUAUUAGGUUUCAUAGUAAAACUGGAACUGUACACAGUGCAAAACACAUCUCCCCAAACAUCUUAUUGUGAGUACCAUGUCUGUACACUUUAACUGUAACUCCAUAGGUGCUUUGAGGUAUUGAGGAAAACCGAGCAAAACUGGACUAAGACAUCGAAUUCAAGAAAGCAGACAGAGUUCCUUCUCUAGAACAUUUCUCUAUGCCACAUAAUACAAGAUGAUGUAAAAAUGUGGAGUUCUUUUCCUACCUAUGAAUCAGGGACCAUACUGUUUUCUAGCAAUUAUGAACUAUACGUACAGCUGUUGAAAGAGUCAAGGAACAUCAGAACACCCAGGCAGUUUUCCUGGGGACUCGUAAAUUAAAUGUCUUCAACGCUCGCUAAAUAGAUAUAAAAUUAGAUCUUGGUAGUUGUCAGGGACUGGCAGGGUGCCAAGGAACCGGUGGCAAAGGCUGCAAGGCCAGGGGCUGAGCCAGGGAAGGGGACAGCAAUUUAUGGGGUUUGUACCUUCCAUGAGGCAGGAGCUAGGGGGCUGGAGGCAGGGGAAUAGCCUGAGCAUGACAGGAUCAGGGAUGGGUGCAGGAUGUGGGGAAGGAGCCAAGGUAGGAGGAAGAACAGGACACACGAUGAAUGGAGGAAAAUAUAGUGCCAGGAGGUGGGCAGUAGAACCCCCUCUGUCCCCUCUGCUGUCCCCCAGGACCAAGAGGGGCCUGAAGAGACUGGCACUGCAGCUGUCAGGGCUAGAGCCACUGAGGUCAGCAUGAAAGACGCAGGCUCCGUUGUCAGUGAAGUUAACUCUUUAUUCAAGGAAAUGACAAACAACUCAGCAACACUUCCCAGUAGGUCUUGCCCCUGGGGAGCAGUUGCCAGGACUGAAGGUCCCUGCCUUCCACCCUUUCUAAGGCUUCACCUCUCUUGUAUGUUUACAAAGCAGUCUCAAAUGACAUCUGUGCACCUCUGGACUCUGUUCUGCCCUCAAUAUUCUGCAUGUUCUUGGACACCAGCGAGGAGGGGAGCUUGUGACAGCAGCAGGGGGAGAAUCCUUGGAUUCUGCAGCAGCCUCUUGAGCCUCCUCCUCUGCUCCAGCCUCUGGGUCUGAACUGCUCCCUGUCACGGGCUCUCCCUGCUCACUAAAGCCUGUUGCCCCUGCAGCAUCCAGCCCCUCCCUCUUCUCCCUCUGACCUCUCCUUCAUGUCCCAUCACCAAUCCCCUGGCUCAGAGCCACACUCCUCUGGGGUUUCCCAUGAGGAGUCCCUGGCUGGUGCCUCCCACCACUCCUCUUUGUCCAGCCAAUCCCUGACAGUGGCAACUUUUGCACAGAAGUUGUUGCAGGUCGUCUGCGUGCGCCCCAUCAGACAAAGGUGCAUAAGCUUGGGUGAAGGAGUGGUUGUGCUGUUGCUCCAAUAGUCCAGCUCAGAGUACAAGUUUGGGGAGGGGAUGCCAGCAGCUAUUUAGUCGCCAGAAGCGUUUGUGUGUUCUGUGCACCUUAGGAGCUACCGCAAGACUGUGUUUUGUCAAUAAAAAAUUAAACUACCAGCCGUUUGUCCUCCUUGGGCUGGGACUGCUCAGGACAGUAGUUUGUCGUGAUUCAUAACCAUUUACAUGGUGGCCCCACCCACAGCAGAAUUACUGUUUAGUUCUGUGCAUGCAAGACCUGGAACUCAGAGUAAUCCUGUGCAUAUUAGCAUAACUUUAAUUCCUUUGUGAAGCAGGCAACAGAGUAUAAGAAUUAUGUAACCGCAUAGAUUUAGUCACAAAUUUGUGCCAUUAUGUGUCAGGCUGCAAGCAUAACCCAAAGGAGGGUGGAAGUCUUGAUUAGCAGAGUGCAGAGUGCCCUUGUGAAUAGCAUAUGCUCUGAUUGGCUGCGUAAUUCAGAGGGAGUUUUUACCUCUGUGUGUUUUAGUGUCCCCCUGCUAAAUACAAGGCCUGAAGUCUGAAAAACUCUCCUCAAAUUCCUCUCUCCUCAAAUUGUACACUGUUUUUGUCCAGUGCCCUCAGUGAUUAAGAUUUAUUUUAUCCCUGGACUCCAUCUGUGUUAUUUACAUGACUUUUCUCACAAAAUGCAUGGUACAAUCUUUCCGGUACUUUACUGCUACAGAAUGUGGGUAGAGGACCACUUAUCUGAAUGCUUCCUCAAAAAACUAUCUGUGUGGAGAAUAAUCCCACAUAAGGGAUUAUGGAAGAGCGUGAAUCUCUUUUAUUUUCCCCACCCAAAGCUCCUGAGCUUUAUUGUCUGCAAUUUUGUAGGAUUCAUCCCCUCUGGAGGGGUUCUUGUACCUGUAAAUUUCAUCCACUUUUGCCAAAAGGGGAAAAUAUUAUAGCUAGUAUUAGGAGUUUGUGGGUGCUAGACACUACUAAAUUCCUGGGACCAGUAAGUGUUAGAAUUUAAUCAUGGCUCAGGGUGUUAAAAAACUGGCACCAGACUGGUGUGCAUUAAGUUAUGUACUAGACCAGGGAUGUCUAACAGGUCGAUCGUGAUCUACUGGUAGAUCCCUGGGAGGUUUUGGUAGACCGCGGUCGAUCGCUGGGUCCCUUUCCUUAGCAUUAGUAAAAUCGAACCCACCCCCGCCCCCUCCUCCAUUGUUGCACAAUCUGAAGAAUGGAAGAUGGCGUUUACUCAGUGUGGCCAUUUCCCCAGCGAUUUGUUGGUUCCUCUUUUUUCCCCAAAACUCUUAAAAAAUAUGGCUCCUCCAUAAAAAAGCUCAACAACUUUGACCUGAACCCCCCCAAAAACAGGGGGUAGAUCACUGCCAGUUUUUAAUUCUGUAAGUAGACCACAGUCACUUGAGAGUUGGCCACCCCUGUACUAGACGCUUCUAUUCCCCUGGAAUCAGCAAGUGUCAAAAACUAAUUACGCCAGGCUAGUCUCCUUUGUUGAGAUAAAAGUCUGGCUGAUGGGGCAUUAAAACACAAAGGAUCAAAAGGGGCUGCAUUGUGCUCUAGUUGGCGUUUCCACAUCAUCUUUGAAGGCAGCACUGAAUACAGUGCAUUACAGUAGUCUAACUUGGCUGUGACCAACACAUGGAUUAUUGAGACAGCAUGCAAUCUAAGAUGAUAAAAGGCACUCCUAAGCACAGAUGUUGGGACACGGGUGGCGCUGUGGUCUAAAGCACAGAGCCUAGGGCUGCCGAUCAGAAGGUCGGUGGUUCGAAUACCUGCGACGGGGUGAGCUCCCGUUGCUUGGUCCCUGCUCCUGCCAACCUAGCAAUUCGAAAGCACUUCAAAGUGCAAGUAGAUAAAUAGGUACCGCUCCGGCAGGAAGGUAAACAGCGUUUCCGUGCACUGCUCUGGUUCACCAGAAGCGGCUUAGUCAUGCCGGCCACAUGACCCGGAAGCUGUACGCCGGCUCCCUCGGCCAAUAAAGUGAGAUGAGCGCAACAGCCAGGGGUCCCUUUACCUAAGCACAGAUGUUGUGUAUGCUUCCACAGACAGUGCUGAACCCAGGAAGUAUGCACGAGAAAAAAUCCAAUAAAAUUUCUGUCAAUUGUUGUCACAACAAUGCUAGCUGAGCAGCCUCUCAAGCAUGGUGGGGCCUGAAUAAUGGGAGCAAAUCUAUCAUCACCAAUAAAGGCUCUAGCGGAGAAUAAUCAGCUCUGCUAAACAGGUAUUUGGGUAACUCCUGGUGCCAUUUGAACAUCUAUGUGAUCGAAACCAGGUGCAAUUUAUUUUUUAGGAUCAGAUGAUGCUCCACAAAUCACAGGGGACCGAGAAAACAUCACAGCCCUGCAAGACAGAACACCCACCUCUCUAUUUCUCAGUUCUGAGCCUAACUAUCCCACUGGGUUUCAUAGACUCCAUGUCUGCUGUGGCAUUUACCUCCAAACGUUUUAACCCUGCCCCAGCGUUUCAAAGCUUUCUUAUACACAUCCAUGCAGUUUGUUGUUGUUGUGGACGGCGGCAAUAAAUCAUGUUGUCUCACCGCUGGUGAUAACUCUCUGUUGGGACUACUUACAGGACCAAGAGCCAAAGUAGUAAUAAUUACUAUGAUACCGACGAUAUGCAAACACCUUUGUUACAAGCUGCUGUGGGACAGAGGGAGACAUUUCCAUAACCAAAUACACUCACAUAACAACCAGUCGUUUGCCUUUGGGGAUUACUGGGAGACUGGCACCGCUGCAGAAUGCAAGCAGCUUAGCUCUCAAGGGAGGUAGACCUCCCAAAUCUUCAGAGCACAGAGGUUUGAAGCUGGGGGUAUGUCAGCAGACUGUCCCUCUUCUCCAAUUUAUUUUGGCCAGGACUCAACAUUGCUGAAGGACACUGGGGGGAAGCUGUCACAUACUAGAAAGGGGGGCCUAAGGCAGCAAUCCCAGUAGCAAUGCGCCUUUCAAGGGAUGAGAGAAUAUGUCAAUUUCGGUUUCUCAUUUUCACUGUCUUAAGGUCGGUUCUCCACUUUAGCACAUCAGUUACCUAAAAAAAAAGCCUUCAUGAAAAUUCCUCAGCAUUUCACUGCAAUUUUACCCUAACAUCCACAAAUUUUGUGCAAAGCAAUUUCCCCUAACAAAGUAUUUUUUGUGUGUUAUUUUCAUGAAUAUAUGCACACUUUGUGCAUUUUUAUACACAUCACUUGGUUGGAUAACUUAACUGCAAAAUUUGAAGAAGGGUGAAUUUCAAAGGAAGGCUGUGUUUCAGUUCACACACUGUUUUACAAAGUGAGAAUUCGGUAAAUUUGCUAUUAAACGCAAACUGAAAAAAAUCUUUCUCCUCACCCCCCCCCCCAAGCUAUUGGUAUUUUCUUAAGGAUGCCUUAACAUGUAACCUUUUCCUCCCCACCUGAGCCAUUAUGGUCAUCAAGACAGAACACAGAAUACAACAUAGUUUCCCCAGUGCAAUCCAGAGCCCUACUUUUCCAGUAUUAUUUUAUUCUACAAGAUUUAUAUGCUGUUUAAUCAUUGCGUUUCCCUGAGAGGUUUAGACUCUAAAUGAGUUCCAUCUGCUCAAUAGGACUUUCUCUGCCUUUCUUGUGGCUGCAGGUCCCUCUCCCAUAAAUCUGCUCUAGAGAAUCAGGGGGAAAAACCAGAACAGAUUUUGGGGGUGAUGUGCGGAGACGAAGCACUGUUGCACAGGCAGAAGUCCUUGCACUAAUGUCUUUGUUGGAUACAAUGCGAUAAAAUUAUCGCAAUACAGAUAAGUCAAUACAGCAAACAAAUGGACAUAAUAAAAUUUAAAAUCUGAGCCCAGUCCAAACAAAAAAGUUUUUAACAUGCAACCACUUACAACCAUGGCCCUUGUCUAAUAUCAAAAGGCAGAGAGUUGCAGAGGUUAAGAGCUGUCAUACUAAAAGUCAGAUUUCUCAGAAGUGCAGAACACACAUUAUGUCCAGUUCUGGGCACCACAGUUCAAGAAGGACACUGACAAACUGGAACAUGUCCAGAGGAGGGCAACCAAAAUGGUCAAAGGCCUGGAAACGAUGCCUUAUGAGGAACGGCUAAGGGAGCUGGGCAUGUUUAGCCUGGAGAAGAGGAGGUUAAGGGGUGAUAUGAUAGCCAUGUUCAAAUAUAUAAAAGGAUGUCACAUAGAGGAGGGAGAAAGGUUGUUUUCUGCUGCUCCAGAGAAGCGGACACGGAACAAUGGAUCCAAACUACAAGAAAGAAGAUUCCACCUAAACAUUAGGAAGAACUUCCUGACAGUGAGAGCUGUUCGACAGUGGAAUUUGCUGCCAAGGAGUGUGGUGGAGUCUCCUUCUUUGGAGGUCUUUAAGCAGAGGCUUGACAACCAUAUGUCAGGAGUGCUCUGAUGGUGUUUCCUGCUUGGCAGGGGGUUGGACUCGAUGGCCCUUGUGGUCUCUUCCAACUCUAGGAUUCUAUGAUUCUAUGUUGCACUUGUAAAAGUGCUAGUUCUGCAGAUCUACAAGUUUCCAUAGCAAUGAGAUAUAGGAUCAUGUGCAUCCCACCCCAUCUCAUUUAUAAAUGAUCAGGACUCCAGUUGUGUCCUUAGCAAGCUGGUAACUGAGGCAAACAUGGAUAGCAAUAGCUGUGAUGGCCUCAUCAAUAAAGGGAGCAAUCCACUGUGCCCCAAUAACCAAAUAGUUUUUCCUUUUUCAAAACAUUGCAAAUAAGAAAUCACUGUUGAAAGUUUAUGCCCUGAGACUUCUUGCAUCCAGAUAAACAGUAUAAACAGGCAAAAAUAGUAUUGAAGGGAGAAUCAUAUAUUAGCACUGAUAACAUCACGGGGACAAAUCCUGAUAAAUGCUCAGUAAAAGAGGACAUCUGGAUUGGUUAAUGCUGCUAUAACCUUCCUUCACUGGGAAAUGAUUCCAACAUCCCCCCUCCCUUUAUUAAUCAAUCAGAUUAACUUUUACAUAAAUUCCAGUAUAAUAUACCAGGACAAUGGCUUGCCAUUUAAGCUCUGAAAUAAUAACAAUAAUAAAAUAUGACUCAAAACAUGGAAACAGCAUGGGAAAUUAGCAAUGUAGUCAUGGGUAGGAAAUUAUCAGCACCACAGAAGUACCAAGGGGUAAAGGACAUUGAGUUUUGGUGCAUAGUCAAAUAAAAUGAAAUUGUGUGGGAACUUGCCAGUCAUGUGUUUGUCUCUUGAUAUAAAUUAUAAACAUCCACCGUGUUGCUGCAUAACCCAUUGAUUUGGCUGUGGCUCAUGAAAGUCUCAGCAAAUGAGUUAAGUUUUUCAGAGACAGCGGUGUGUAAAAUCUUUUGGAACCAAACACUGAGGGUCCUUUUCUGCAUCAUUUCCAGCUCUAUAGUAUCUUUUUUGAAGUAUUAUAACUAGAACUGUACACAAUAUUCCAAGUGCGGUCACACUAUUUAUUUGUAUAAAAUCCAUUCACAAAAGAGAUAGUGCUUAUUAUGAGUUAUUAUCAUUAUUAUGGUGACAUCUUGUGAAAAAAUCAUGAGGAUCUGCUUUUGACCCAGGUCUUUUACCCAGACCUGACAUUUGGCGGUUCACUUCAGUAGGGGAAAAUCAGACCCCUGGUAGUUAGAGCAAUCCCUGUCAUGUCUACUCAGGAGUAAAAAGGUAAAGGGACCCCUGACCAUUAGGUCCAGUCGUGACCGACUCUGGGGUUGUGGCGCUCAUCUCGCUUUAUUGGCCGAGGAAGCCAGCGUACAGCUUCCAGGUCAUGUGGCCAGCAUGACUAAGCCACUUCUGGAGAACCAGAGCAGCGCACGGAAACGCCGUUUACCUUCCCGCCAGAGCGGUACCUAUUUAUCUACUUGAACUUCGUGCUUUCGAACUGCUACUCAGGAGUAAGUCCUGCUUAAUUCAACAGGGCUUACUUCCAGGUAAGUGGGAUGGGCGCUGCAGUCUUAGCCCACAAUGUCAACCCUACUUACAUGGGAGUAAGUGCCACUGAGCUCAAUAGGAUUUUCUUCUGAGUAGACAUGGUUAAAUAUAUCUACAUUUUUUUGAACAAUUGAGAAGUUGAGGCAGGGAAGAUGAAAAGUAAGACAGCUGACCCCAUAACUGGUGACAGGUACAUGAGAACAUAUUGUUGGUUUGCUAGAAAUCUCUAUUUUAACUCUGAGGUCCACAGCAACCUCAUUUAAACAAAUGAAGCACUGUAGGAGGGCAGUCAUUUGGUGAUUGAGAUACAGCUGGUGUACAAACCUUUGGCUUGGCAGGUGCUACUGAACUACAACUCCCAUCAUCCCAUCCCAUUAUUUAUCUCUGAAUUCUGCAUUGCAAGGAGCUGGAUUAGAAAACCUCUGGGUCCCUUCCAACUAUACAAUUCUAUGAAAUGCAAUAAACAAAUCCCUGGGGUUAAUUAUUACAUUUUUACCCCACCCAUCCUCCAUGAAGCUCAAAAUGGGAUGUCUGGUUCUCUUCACAACAACCCUGCGAGGAAUGCUUUCUUCUAAGUGGAGAUUUUUCUGUCAGUCAGGCUCUUUAAUGGAUUUGAAGUUGCUUUCAUGUAUGUAAUUCUUUUUUUGUAGAGGCAAACAUUACAUGGGGUGUAAUUAUUUUUUAAAUAUAUAUAAAUGGUUUUAGAUAUAUUUUUUUACGCUUCCAGGUGCUUUCAUGGGAAGCACUUCCUAAACGAAACCACCAUGAAACUGAAGAAACGAGAUUCACAAGGGUUAGGGCAGAUAGUUAGCAGAGCUGGGGGUGGCAAACGCAAAACUAGAUUUCUUUUUUAAAGAAACCACCGCCACCAUCCAUUACAGCUCCUUUUUUCCUAAAGCAGUUAAGGGGCUGCUGUGUAGCAAAUGAUCUCCUGACAGAAGCCAGCAUUAGUUAAGCAGCGCUGCAACAAAUAUCCAUUUACAGUGCAGCCCCACUAAGCGCAAGUCCCCGCGCAUUCAGCGAGGCUUACACUCUCCAAGCCUUCGCUUGCUGGCAAAUCGAAAAAAACCCUUUUGAAUUCGGUGCGACUUUCCUCCGAGUAAGCACGCAUUAAAGUUGAAACCAUUUAUUUUUUUUCGGGCUAGGGGAAUCGAUUUCUCCUGCAAACUGCACCGCUGAACGCCAGGAGCAUAAUUCUGAUGCAUUGUGGGGAAUGCACGGGAGACAAUGCACGUAAGAAAACGUUACCCACGUGUAAUGACAACCCCCCUCCCAGUUUCCCUUGGUAAAAAGCUU